AUGUCUUCUUCUAUGGUGCCCAUUUCCCUCCGAGAUCCCUUCUUUGAAGACUCCUACUUUUCCACCUCUCGACAAGAAUUCGAAUCCAUGAGACGAGACAUGAUGAGAGAGGCCAAGGAUUUUUGGAACAAGGUCGAUGAUGAUACGUUGGAUCUCCGUGAGCCCUAUACUCGAAGGACCACCACACUCACGUCAGCCCCUGAAGAGUCGAUUACCAGCCGUCGAUACUCGUCACGAGAUGUAAGCAAUCCAGCCACAAGCUUACCCAGUUGGUUCAUGCCGCGUUCCCUCAGGGAGACAACGGGGGGAGGUUUUUCAACUGGUGAUAGACAAGUCAUGAGGAUCAAAGAGGAUGACCAAAAAUUCGAGAUCACGCUCAAUGUUCAUGAUUAUCGGCCCGAAGAAUUAAAGGUGAGAACCCAACCAGAUAACACCAUCAUCAUUGAGGGCAAACAUGAAGAACGAGCCAAGGAUGACAAGCCAGGAAAUAACAAUUACAAUGCCGUACUCCAACAAUUCAGCCGACAAUACACGUUGCCGCCGACUUGUGUGCCACAUCGGGUGGUUUCCAAUUUAUCCCGAGACGGAGUUUUGGUGGUGACCGCACCCAAAGAUGCCAACAAGGACAGAAACAUCCCCAUCAGACAGUAGCACUGUCAGAGAGAAAGUAUAAUCGAGAGUCGCAUCCCUGCCAACAAGUUUAUACCAAGCACGAGCACAAUGAAUGAUAAUAAGUACCUAACAUCGACAGUUUUGGAAUUCUUCGGAACUUUGAUCCAAGCUAAAUAAGACGCGGUCACGCAACCUAACACCCA